AUGGGAAUUUUUACCAAUUUGUUUAAGAUGGGUCGAAAACCGAAUCCUAUUUCUUCUGGGCCUUCACUAAAGAUAAAUGAUGGCCUGCAGUACGCGAAAUGGUCCAAGGAACAACUCAUCGAACGUCUUGUUGAGUUGGAAAGCGAAAAGACGAUAGAUGGUACAGCAGACACCAAUACAAACAAUAAAAGGAGAAAGUCAGAAGAAGAGCCUGCUUCGAAGAAGAAAAAGCGGAAUAAAAAGAAGAACUCAGUCAAACCGUUUGACUUUUCCAGGCAUCACACGAGAUUCAUAGCUCUACGAUUUGCCUAUUUGGGUUGGAAGUAUAACGGGUUGGCGCUGCAAAAGGAACCGACUGCGCUACCCACUGUUGAGGAGACUAUUUUGGAGGUGAUGAAUAAAUGUAAGCUUGUUCCCUCAAUGGAGCCGCUUGACUAUAAUUUCAGCAGGUGUGGAAGAACCGAUAAGGGUGUCAGCGCCAUGAACCAAGUUAUUUCUCUGACAGUCAGAUCGAAUCUUUCACCAGAGGAACAAAGGGACCCUGCAAACGAUCACCAGGAGUUGCAGUAUGUUCAUAUGAUUAACCAUCUACUCCCCGAUGACAUCAGAGUGUCUGCAGUGUGUCUGAGACCACCAGCUGAUUUCGACGCCCGCCAUAGCUGUAAGCACCGCCACUACAGAUACCUUUUCAAAGCAGAGCAGUUGGACUUGGAAAAGAUGAGAGAGGCCGCCAAACUGUAUGAAGGAGAGCACGACUUUAGAAAUUUCUGCAAAAUCGAUGGCUCAAAACAGAUCACAAAUUAUCGCAGAAGGAUUAUCAGUGGAGAUAUUAUACGUGUUAAUGAGGAUUUCUACUGUUUUGAUUUGGUGGGAACGGCAUUUUUAUGGCACCAGGUUCGGUGUAUGAUGGCGUGUUUGUUCCUGGUAGGCCAAGGCUUGGAAAAACCAAGCAUUGUCACAGAUUUGAUGAAUAUAGAUCUUAUGCCACAGAAACCCUUAUAUGACAUGGCCAGCGAUGUUCCCUUACUCCUUUAUGAUUGUAAGUUCCCUGAUAUGGAAUGGAUCAAAUGCAACCUGCACGAUUACAAGGCCAUAAAAUACGGGAAGGCUGCAAAUGCAUUGGCUCUGGACUAUCAACUGAAAGCUUCGAUGUCGGCCAUAUAUCAGCAGACUUUACCCUCUAGUAACGUAGACAUGCAAGGUAAGAUUAGAGUGAACAUAGGAGAUGGUCAAGGUCCGGAUUGUCAACCAUUAUAA